CAGAAAGCGCACGUACUGGACUUCAAUGGACGGGUCAAAAAGGCUUCAUUGAAGAACUUCCAGCUCGCCUGUCCUGCGAAUCCGGACGAGAAGGUGAUACAGUUCGGUCGGGUGGAUGAAGACCACUUUGCACUCGACUACAGCUUCCCCUUGUGCGCUCUGCAAGCCCUCGCCAUCGCCCUGUCCUGCUUCGAGUGACACCGCCUCAACACCGUCCACACGCCCCCCGUCCACACCUCUGUCCCCAAAACAUCUUCAGCCUUCACUGGACACUAAAGAACCAGAGAAGAAGAAGCAGAAAGCAUAUGUGCUGGACUUAAAUGGACGGGUCAAAAAGGGCGCAGUGCAGAACUUCCAGCUCGCCUGUCCUGCAAAUCCGGACGAGAAGGUGAUACAGUUCGGUCGGGUGGAUGAAGACCACUUUCUGCAGGACUGCAGCUUCCACUUGUGCACUCUGCAAGCCUUCGCCAUCACUUCGACAAGUGACCUCAACACCGUCUACACGUGCACCGUUCACACACAUGUCCCCAUAACAUCUUCACCCUUCAAUAAAAACAAUAAAACUAGAGAAGAGUAUUUCCUGAUGGAUAUGAUGAGUGUGCAGGUUUACCAAGUCCCAGGAUGUUUCUAGAGUGAUGUAAGAUGUUU